AUGGCUGAUAUAGACGAUCAAGAUUUCAUAGCUGAAGAUGGACUUGCUGAAGCACUUACUCAGCCAAUUGCACCCUUAUCGCCACUACGAGCAAGUAAUGGGCCUAGACCUUAUGAAAGACCCCAAGAGCUUCCAGCUGGACAAGAGGAAGAUACAGAAAAAGAGCAAGGGAAAAAGGAAAGAAAGAAAGUUAACCGCGUGAUGUUAAAUGAAGAAAGGCUCAUGGGAAGGAAUGGAAUUGUUCAACUACCGAUCGUUAUGAAAAAUGUUAAGUUUAAAGGUAAAGGACAGGAGAAAGAAGACUUGAGUUUGUUGUUAGGGAAACUGGAACACUGGGCGCAUGUUUUAAUGCCAAGGCAACAAUUUUCAGAUGUGGUAGACAAGAUCGAGAGUCUUGGAACGAAAAAGGCAAUAAAAAGGCAUGCUUAUGGUGUUAAAAAGGGGACAAUUUUGUUUAAUAACGAAGGUGUUAUUGAGGAUACUAGCGAGACUGUUGUCCAGGGACAAGGUGAUCUUACUGAGACUGUUGGUGGUUCACAGAUGGUAUCAGCGACUGGUAUACCUGAAAAUGUCUCAGGAGUUAACGAUGAAAUUAAUAAUUUACUAGAAAAUGAUUUUCCAGAUCUUAAUUUACCAUAGCCUUUAGUGUUUUGAACAACUUUUGAUUUUACAUAAUUGAAGUAUGUAUAUAGGGACAUUCUGGGCAAUGGAUAACAAUUAAAAACACCAACUGUAGGUUUGACAGAGAAAAGUUGUUUACCACCCCUUGUUUACAUUCAAUUCAAUGUAAAUCAGAAGGGCAUCAAUAAUUGAACUUUGAUUGGAGCUGGAGCCCUAGGUGUCCCUUAAUGUUAAUCAGUAACUGCAAAUUUGGCAGUGAGUACCCAUAAUUGUUUUAUGUUGCUUGGUGCCAGAGCUGCUCAGGCAAAAUCAGAUCUGCUUGUAAGUAAAUUAUAACCAUUCACAAAAA